AAGUCCAUAUACAACUUCCUCAACAAGCUUGUUUCAAACGCAUUUCCUCUUCUUCUCUACCCGACAACCCCAUUCUUGACAAAGAUCAAAAUGCCCAUUUUCACGGCAGCAUUAGGAUCAGUCUCGGGCCUUGCUUUUCUCUCAAACCUCUUUAGCAGUAGUGACACUACCUUUCAGUCUUAUCACCAUUCCUCUUCACUCUCGUCUCUCUCAAACCCUUCUUUCAACUUUCUCAAUUCUUGCCGGAACUCACCAAUUAGGAGACACCCAUUUCACACUUCUAAGGUUUCCGUCUCCGGCGAUGCCAAAACCGAAGGCUCCUCCGCCGCCGCAGGAGUCAUUGAAGACUUAUCUGAAUCAUCUGAGAAUAUUAAGCAAGCACGGAGGUCUGCUGAUUGGAAGGUGGCAAAGGCUUAUAAUGAAAGUGGAUACAUUCAUGAAGGAAGGAUUGAAGGUUUUAAUGGAGGAGGUUUGCUGGUUCGGUUUUAUUCUCUUGUUGGUUUUCUUCCAUAUCCCCAGUUGAGCCCAUCUCAUUCAUGUAAAGAACCACAAAAAUCCAUCCAAGAGAUUGCAAAAGCUCUAACUGGUUCACUUAUUUCUUUGAAGGUAAUCCAAGCAGACCAAGAGAACAGGAAAUUGAUAUUCUCUGAAAAGGAAGCAAUGUGGUCAAAGUUUUCUCAACAAAUCAAUGUAGGGGAUAUUUUUGAAGCAAGGGUGGGCUCCGUCGAAGAUUAUGGUGCUUUUGUUCAUUUACUUUUUCCAGAUGGUUGUUAUCACCUCACUGGACUUGUACACAUCUCAGAGGUGUCAUGGGAUUUAGUUCAAGACGUAAGAGACAUUCUAAGUGAGGGUGAAGACGUGAGGGUCAAAAUUAUUAAAAUAGAUAGGGAAAAGUCGAGAAUUACAUUGUCAAUCAAACAAUUGGAAGAAGAUCCACUGCUAGAAACUUUGGACAAAGUAAUUCCUCAGGAUGGGUCGGUUGUUACUGGUUCUUCUAGUACGAGCAGCCCCUAUAAUAUUGAACCUCUUCCAGGGCUUCAAACAAUACUGGAAGAGCUACUACGGGAAGAGGGAAUAAGUGAAAUAAGAAUCAGUCGGCAAGGAUUUGAGAAGCGGGUAGUUUCACAAGAUCUGCAGCUUUGGCUUUCAAAUGCACCAGCUAUUGGUAAGCAGUUCACUCUCCUUGCCCGAGCUGGAAGACAGGUGCAGGAAAUACAACUAACAACAUCACUUGAUCAGGAAGGAAUUAAAAGGGCAUUGCAGCGAGUACUGGAACGUGUCCCAUGAGGCUCAUGAAUUCAAAAGUUCCAUUCUGCAGAGGACACCAUCGAUUCAUCGUCCCAAGUCUAACGUAAGACAUAAGAGUAGAAGAACAAAAUUAAAAAAUGUGUCUGCAACAGGUUUCAUGUUUUCCGGUUGUGCAGCUACUGUACAUACAGAAGUCAGUUUGAGCAGAAACUUGGCCGACAUUUUCUGUAUAUUAUAUAAGUAGUAACUGCAUAGUCCUCCAACCGAUUUUCUUUUUUGCUUCUGAUUUACUGACACUGCAUCUGUUUCCAUCUCUACUGCUGUUGUGUUUGCUAGCCAAUGAAUCUCAUUACUGCUAUUACACUU